GUCACUUUCAUCAGUUUCACCAAUUCACCAACCGAGGUUGAUAUAUAUCUCGUGCCAAGCGAUAUCUUAUCAGAAAUGUCUUAUCAGAAAAUGGUUUCGUGAUUGGUCAUAAAUUCCCAGCCGGUAGCCUUCUCCUGAUAUUAACUCUUUACAAAACAAGCAUUGGUAAGGAUGUGAAAAUCAUUUCAUGGAAUGCCGCCUAAGAUCUAAGGAAAUGAGGAGAUAAGCCCAAAGUGCCGGCAUAAAAUAGGAAACCCCCCCAGAUGGGAAUGUGGUAAGUGAAGGCGAAGGUGGGGGGCGAGACGUGGAGGAAAAAUCAAUUUAUCCACUGCAUGGUGCCUGAAACUCGGAACUUCACUGAUCCUCUUAUAUCCCUUGAGCUUGCCGCUGCGUGAACCUGAAAUUGGGCGUCCUUGUCAACCACCCAAGACAUUUUCUUCUCGUCAUAAUAUCCCAGCGCGUACUUGUCCAGCACGUAGCUGGCAGUCUUUGUCUCCCCUGGCUUCAAGUCCACCUUUGCGAAGCCCUUCAACUCCUUGAUGGGGCGGGCUAGGCCGGGCUUUGAGGUCUGUGAGACAUAGAACUGAAUGGAUUCCUUUCCGGCCAUUCUUCCAACAUUGGUAACGUCCACUGAUACCGUCGUCUUGUCCUUGAAUAUCUCGGAUGAAACCCUCGUGUUCUUGUACUCGAAUUUGGUGUACGAGAGGCCGAAUCCGAAGGGGAAGAGGGGAUCAACCUUUGCUUUGUCGUAGUGGCGGUACCCUAGCCAGAUGCCCUCUCCGUAAACCACCCUGUCGUUCUCGCCCGGAAAAUUGUGGAACGACGGGGUAUCUUCUAACCGCUUGGGGAAGGUCACCGGGAGCUUGCCGCAAGGCGAAAUGUUUCCGACAAGAACAUCCCAAAGCGCAUUUCCGAGUUCUUGUCCUUGAUACCACGCCUGGGAACGUCAGUCACAUGUCACGGACGUUGAAGAACGGUAAGCUUGGUGUAGGAUGGGGGGAGGUACACACCUGGAGAACGGUAGACGCUUGAUCAACCCAGGGCAUUGUAAUCGGAGAUCCCGACUGAUUUACGAUAAUCGAGUUCUGAUUAGCCUUGAGCACCUUGGUGAUAAGCUCAUCUUGGCCACCUGGUAGAUCCAUGCUCUUCAUAUCAUAAGCCUCGCUCUCCCACUCAAUGUUCUUCCCAACAACCAGGACAACCAAAUCCGACUCUUUGGCCAAAUCCACUGCUUCGCCUAACAAAUCAUCCUUAACCUCUUCCGUAAACCCUACCCUCGACCCGUCCAUGACCUCAUCCCUAUAUAACUCAUUCGUAUAGUGCACAGGGAUGGGGUCCAGUUCCUUGGAUACACCCUCCACCUCAAUCAAGUAGGUUUUUCCACCAACCAUGUCAAGAUCGUGGCGCACCUCUGGGGAGGCAUAGGCCAUAAACAUCUCUGAGCGUUCAGACUCCUUGGUCCGGUUCCAGAUGUUAAUGAUUACCUUCUUGUCAACCAGGAGUCUCCCUGGCCCGCAUGAGCCCAUGCUAAAGGUGUGCCUCCCAGAGGUCUUGGGGGUUAACAGCCCAGUCGCACGGUACGAAUAUCUCUUCCCCGGCACAAAAGACUUUGGCAAAUUGUCGUAGCACGACAGCAGUGUGCUCUCGCGGUGAGCGGCGUGAACUGCCGGUCCACGCAGAGCCGUGUUGUCAAAGUACUCCAUGUACAUGCCAUGCUUACCGUUCUCGGGCGAAACGCAGGUCUCCGGGAAUAGGGGAACCCAUUUGUUGGCUAGGCAUCCCUUUGCGUGCUCAGCCUUCAGAUUUGGGAACUUGGAUGCGGCAUUUUCGACGAAGGAAUCGUAUGGAUUUUGGCGGUAGUGGGGGUUUAGAGCCGCGGAACUUUGGGUAAAGAAAGUUAGCCGGCGAGGUUCCGAGCUUUUUUUCCCCCAUGCCCCCGCCAAGCACACCACUUAUGCAAGAAGAAUCUCGGAAUGGGCCGGGUAAAGGGUGGGAUGGAACGGUUUGGGGAACACGGUGAUGAAAUUUCUUGGAUUGGUCCAGUACGAGUACUCACCCUCCACCUGCAGCAACAGAUGCUCUUGCGUUCGGCCCGAUAAAUGCGACCUGCUUUGCUUUUUCCAACUUUAGAGGUAAGAGCCCCCUCUCGUUUUUUAAUAGGACGAUGCCUUCCGAAGCUGCCCUUCUUAGGAAUGCUCGGUGUUCGGGUCUGUUGUUCGCGACUUCGGGUUCCUCUUCUCUGAGGGGGUGCUUAUACUUUCCCGUCUUAUAGAUCUGUUGGGGGUUACUCGAUCAGUUUUUGUUGCGCGACGAUUGAAUGAGGGGGCGUGCGCGAUAAGUGCGCCGAUUGUAGAUAUCAUCGGGCAAUAGCAAACGUACCAAUCCU